ACAGACGCGUGAAGUCAGAAACAGGAAGUGGUACCAUAAACAAGCAGGAAGAAAGUGACAUUUAGACAGGAAGUGAGGUCAGGUUUUAAAAAAGAAGUUCUGGGUGAAAGGUGGUUUGGGAGGAAGCAGAGAGGAGACAUUGUUGGAACUGGCAGCAGAGGAGAGAUCGGAGUCUCGUAUGGAUCAUAUGAUGUCAUCAAUGAGGUUGGAAGAGGACCCGAGUCACAUGACUGAGAGGAUAUUGAACCUCGCCCUGGAGAUCAUCUACCUGCUGACCGGAGAGAGUUUUCCUCCUGUGAAGUCUGGUGACCAUCUAACCAUCACAGUGCCUUCAUCGCAUUUGCUGAAACCCAAUAAAAACAAUGAGAAGAAGAUUGUGGAAGUCACCAACAAGAUCAUUGUUCUACUGACAGGAGAGAAGCAUUUAGAAGAACACAAGGACCUCUACAAGGACGUCAUGAUGGAGAAUCAGCCGCCCCUCACAUCACCAGAUGGAUCCAGUAAUGGGAACCCACCAGAGAGAUGUCCCUCUCCUCUGUAUUCCCGGGAUUCCACACAGGAAGAUCACACCAUCACUCAUCAUUAUCAGGUAGGUGGACUCAGUGUAUAGAACACAGAAGUGAUUCUGAACUUUGUGAGAUGACAUUCUUCUAUGUAUUCUCUUGUUAACAUUUACUUCU